GUAAUAAGAGACUACAGAAAGAGAAAAGGGGAAAACUAAAAUCUGGUAAACACAUAAGGAAGGAAGAAGCUUUUCCUUUUCACUUUGCUUUUACAAAAGCAGACAUCCAUUUCUCUCUCUCUCUCAAACUUCUUCUUCUCACUUGUUCCCAUCACCCUUCUCUCUCUCUCUCAAGAACUUUCAGUUUCAGUGGGGUGUUCUAUUGUUCAAGAACAUAAAAAUAUGUUCUUUUCAUCUGCCUAAUUUCUUCAAUAAUCUAUAAAACUGGUCAAAUGACAAAGGUCAGUCCAGAAUUUGUAGAGGAGCCUCAGAUGCAGAUAGUCCAGUCAGUAUCAAGAGAUGUGAGCUUGUCCAAUAACCAGUUUCCAACAUAUAAGCUAGGACCCAACUUUGAGGUUCUACAGGAUACAAAGGAGGAUAAUAAAGCCCCACCUUUAAAGGAGGUAGUCGAGGAAGAAACAGAUCGGCUGACAGAACAACACAACCGCCUUUCUGUUCGUGACCUUGCUAGCAAAUUUGACAAGAAUUUGUCAGCUGCAGCUAAAUUGUCUAAUGAGGCUAAAAUUAGAGAGGCACCUUCCCUAGAGGGACAUGUCCUUUUGAAGAAGCUCAGAGAUUCUUUAGAAUUUCUCAAAGGAAGAUUGACAGGACUUAACAAGGAGGACAUUGAAAAAGCUAUUUCAUUGGUGGAAGCUUUGGCAGUAAAGCUGACACAAAAUGAGGGAGAGCUUAUUCAAGAGAAGUUUGAAGUGAAAAAGCUUGUGAAUUUUCUCAAGCAGGCCUCAGAAGAUGCUAAAAGAUUGGUUAACCAGGAAAGAUCUUUUGCUUGUGCUGAAAUUGAGAGUGCCAGAUCAGUCGUGCAAAGAAUUGGAGAGGCCCUUGAUGAAGAAGAGAGGAAUUCCCCGACCUCAGCAAAACAGGUUACUACCAUGCAUUGA